AGCUGGUCUGCUCAUCGGUUUCCGGUUCCUAAGACCCGACGGGAGGAGGAGGAGGAGGAGGCAGUGGAAGAUGGCUUCAGCCGAGUCGGACCGAGAAGUCUCUUCUGCGAUAUGUUCCGAGUUCCUCCGUUUCUCAGCCAAAGACACCGCCUCGGCAUGGCUCCAGGCCUCAGACCUCCACAAAGAGGUCUACCAGCACCUCGCUCUCUACGUCCCCAAGAUCUACUGCCUUGGGCCCAACCUCAACCCCAGCAGUGAGGACCUGCUGGCCCCCCUGCUGCUCCUGGCCCCCCUGGAAUGGUACCUGCUGGGGGAGGAGCCGGCCCUGGCCCUGGCCCGGCUGGAGAACAGCAGCCAGCCCUCCCAGCUGUGUGGGCACGUCUUCAAAGUGGGGGAGCCCACCUACUCCUGCAGGGAGUGUGCAGCAGACCCCACAUGCGUCCUCUGCAUGCAGUGUUUCUUGGGCAGCAUCCAUAAAGAGCACCGCUACAGGAUGACCACGUCGGGGGGAGGGGGGUUCUGUGACUGUGGCGAUACGGAGGCCUGGAAGAAGGGUCCUUACUGUCACAAACACCAAGCCAACAGCAGUGACUGCUCUCUGCAGGACCCCCUGGCCCAGCUGUCAGAGGACAUGGUUGCCCGCGGUUACAACAUCUUCUCCGUCGUCCUCAAGUACGCGGUGGACAUGUUGACCUGGGACAAGGAAGACCUGCUGCCCCCUGGGCUGGACCCCCCGGACCGCGGGGAUACGUACUACUGCAUGCUGUUCAACGACGAGGUCCACACCUACGAGCAGGUGAUCUACACGCUGCAGAAGGCCGUCAACUGCACCCAGAAGGAGGCGGUCAGCUUCGCCACCACCGUGGACCGAGAGGGGAGGAAGUCUGUUCGUUUCGGGGACUUCCAGUUCUGUGACCAGGCCAAGGCCGUCAUCGUGAGGAACACCAGCCGUCAGUCUCGGCCCCUCAGGGUGCAGGUGAUGCACUCCUCUGUGGUUGCCCACCAGUGCUUCGCCCUCAGGACCCUCACCUGGCUAGGACACAUCAUAGCAUCCUCAGAUGGUCUCAGGAGGCUGCUGUGCCAGGUGGGCCUCCAGAACGGGCCGGAGGGGGAGAACUCCUCCCUGGUGGACACCCUGAUGCUCUGUGACUCCAAAAUGUGGAAAGGGGCCAGAAACGUCUACCACCAGCUCCUCAUGAACAGCCUGCUCAUGGACCUCAAGUACAAGAAGCUGUUUGCCCUCCAGUUUGCUAAGAACUAUGAGAGCUUGCAGAGCGACUACGUCAGGGACGACCACGACAGAGAGUUCUCCAUCACUGACCUCUCUGUGCAAAUAUUCACCGUGCCCUCAUUGGCCCGGAUGCUGAUGGUGGAGGAGAACCUGAUGACCACCAUCAUCAGAACCUUCGUGGACCACCUGAGGCACCGGGACCUUCAGGGCCGCUUCCAGUUCGAACGUUACACCGCCCUGCAGGCCUUCAAGUUCAGACGCGUGCAGAGCCUCAUCGGAGACCUAAAGUAUGUCCUCAUCACCCGUCCUACUGAAUGGAGCGAUCAGCUCAGGGAGAAGUUUCUAGAAGGUCUGGACUCCUUUCUGGAGCUGCUCAAGUGCAUGCAGGGCAUGGACCCCGUGGUGAGGCAGGUUGGGCAGCACAUUGAGAUGGAGCCGGAGUGGGAGGCGGCCUUCACCCUGCAGAUGAAGCUCACGCACAUCAUCACCCUGAUGCAGGAGUGGUGCUCCACCGACGAGACGGUCCUAAUCAGGGCCUAUCAGAAGUGUCUGACGGCGCUGAGCCAGUGUCACGGCGGCUUCACCGACGGCAAGCAGCCAAUCAGCCUGAGCCUGGCGGGUCACAUGGUGGACACCAUCCGCUACCCCGUGUCCCAGGAGAGGGUCUCCAUCCACCUGCCCGUCUCCAGGCUGCUCGCAGGGCUCCACGUCCUCCUCAGUAAGACGGACCUGGCCAACCGCUCCCCUGAACAGCUCCCCCUGAGUGAGCUGAGCCCCCCCAUGCUCAUAGAGCAUCCCCUGCGGUGUCUGGUGCUGUGUGCCCAGGUGCAUGCUGGGAUGUGGAGGAGGAACGGCUUCUCACUCAUUAACCAGAUCUACUACUACCACAACGUGAAGUGCCGAGUGGAGAUGUUUGACAAGGACAUCAUCAUGCUCCAGGUGGGGGCGUCCAUGAUGGACCCCAACCACUUCCUCAUGGUGCUGCUCAGCCGCUUUGAGCUCUUCCACAUCUUCAGCUCAGCGGACUGCAGGAGGAGAUACAGGGACGCCAACAAGGAUGUGGUGCAGCAGAACAACACUCUGAUAGAGGAGAUGUUGCAUCUCAUCAUCAUGAUCGUUGGGGAGAGGUACGUGCAGGGCGUGGGGCAGGUGGAGGCGUCUGAUGACAUCAGGAGGGAGAUCAUCCACCAGCUGUCCAUCAGACCCAUGGCCCACAGCGAGCUGGUGAAGGCCCUGCCCGAGAACGAGAACAAGGAGACGGGGCUGGAGAGGGUGAUCGGCAGCGUGGCCUUGUUCAAGAAACCAGGUGUUACCGGCAGAGGUCUGUAUGAGCUCCGACCAGAGUCCACCAAACACUUCAACCUGUACUUUCACCACUACUCCAGAGCAGACCAGUCCAAGGCGGAGGAGGCUCAGAGGAAGUUAAGAAAACAGAAUGGUGAAGACUCAGCUCUGCCGCCCCCCUGCCCGCCCCCCCUCUGCCCCCUGCUGGCCGGUGUGGUGGGGCUGCUGCAGAGCGACGUGCUGCUGGCCGUCGUCUCCGCCGUGCUGCAGUGGACCACCGAGCCCAGCGGGGGGCACUGGACCGAGUCCAUGCUGCAGAGGGUUCUCCAUCUGGUUGCCAUGGCGCUGCUGGAGGAGAAACAGCAGCUGGAGAGCAGCAGUGGAGAUGAUGACAUCACCUUUACCUUCAACAGCAAGAUCAGCCGACCAGGGGAGGCCCCUAGCACCAGUGGCAGUAUCCUGGCUCUGCUGGAGAGCCUGCAGAACGCUCCUCACCUGGAGGCCCACAAGGACAUGAUCCAGUGGGUUCUCAAGAUGGUGUUCACCAUUAAGACCAUGAGAGAACAGCACACCGCCUCUACCUCUGCUGUCAACGCCUGUGGAUCAGUGGAAGAGGCGACGGGGGAGCGGGACCAGGCGGAGAGGAAGAGGAAGGCGGAGAUGGCCCGUCUCCGCAGGGAGAAGGUCAUGGCCCAGAUGUGUGAGAUGCAGAAACACUUCAUCAACGAGAACAAGGAGCUGUUCCAGCAGAGCCACGAGGACCUAGACCCCCCCGCCCCCGAGCACAGUGGCCCGCUGGCCGAGGACCCUGAGGUCCUGGUGUGCGUGGGGCCCCGUCUCCCGGGCCCCGGGCCCCGGCGCCGCCAGGUGGUCACCUGCAUCCUGUGCCAGGAGGAGGAGGAGGUGCGGGCGGCCGGCCGGGCCAUGGUGCUGGCGGCCUUCGUCCAGAGAUCCACCGUCCUGUCCAAGAACCGGACCCGCAGCCCCCCAGACCCAGAGCACCAUGAUCCACUCUUCAUGCACCCUGACCUAGCCUUCGCCACGCACACCGCUAGCUGUGGACACAUCAUGCACGCCACCUGCUGGCAGCGGUACUUUGAGGCGGUGCAGGCCAAGGAGCAGCGGCGGCAGCAGCGCCUGCGCGUCCACACCAGCUACGACGUAGAGAACGGGGAGUUCCUCUGUCCGCUCUGUGAAUGUCUCAGCAACACCGUCAUCCCCCUGCUGCCCCACACACACAGUGGGGGGGCGCAGGGUACUAUUCAGCCAAGUCUGGAGGCCUGGAUCAAGUCCAGCUGUCAUCAAAGAGCCAGUCCUGCUGGUCCCCCUAGUCCCGUGCCAGACCAGAACCAGCAGACCCAGUCCGGACCCCCCAGCGCCCCCCCCGACCAGAGCCAGCUGACCCAGGAUGUGGGGGCCAGUACUCCCGAGGGCUCCUCAGUCGACCUUCCCAUCGCCGCUGCAGAAGGGUCCUCCGUCGACGGUCCAAUCAGCCCCUUCUCCAGCAGCCUCCAGGGGAUGAUCACCACGUUCGGGACUGCCACCUACAAGGUGGGACUGAAGGUCCACCCCAACGACCAGGACCCCCGUGUGCCCGUCAUGUCCUGGGCCAGCUGCGCCUACACCAUUCAGACCAUAGAGAGGCUGCUCACGGACGAGGAGAAACCGCUGUUUGGAAGUUUACCCUGCAGACAGGAUGACUGUCUGAGCUCACUGGCCCGGUUCGGUUCUGCCUGCUGGACGGCCGCCCCUCAGACCACCGUACAGACCCACUUCACCAGGCUGCUGUCAGCUCUGGUUCCAGGUGCGAGCUCUGCAAACACUCCAUGUAUCCUGGACAUCGACAUGUUCCACCUGCUGGUUUCCAGUGUGUUCUCCUACAGUUCUGUCCACAAGUUGGACCAAUCAGAGAGGUGUUCAUUAGGCUCCGCCCAGCUGCACCUGCUGCACCUGGCCACCGUCGCUCACCUGGUCCAGAUACUCAUCACCUCUGUCCCAGACUCCUCCAUGGACCAGGAGGAGGUGUGUGCAUCAGAGGAGGAGGAGAUGACCUUUCACCUCUACAACGACCUCCGAACACGGCUGGACAGCAGUGCGUUACCAGAGGUGUCGUCAGGCUGGCAGCUGUGGAGGUGUGUCCAGUCAGGGCUCCUCCCCUUCCUCCGCUCGGCAGCCAUCUUCUUCCACCACCUCAACGCCGUGGAAACUCCCCCUGAACUCCACGUGGCGGGGCCGGACCAGUGGGAGGCGCUGUGCUCCUACCUCAGUCUACCCAGCAACCUGCUGCAGCUCUACUACAGAGAGAGGAGCGUGAUGGAGGCGCUGCUGCAGGGGUGGUGCUCUCACCCCAACCUAAGGCAGACGCUCCAGGGAGCAGUUCCUCUCAUCAGUUUCCCCAGAGAGUCCAACCAGCUGAUCGACCUCCCAGAAGACUACAGUGCCCUGAUCAACCAGGCCUCCAGCUUCACGUGUCCGCGGUCGGGGGGCGAUAAGUCCCGCGCCCCCACCCUGUGCCUGGUGUGCGGGGCCCUGCUGUGCUCCCAGAGCUACUGCUGCCAGACGGAGGUGGAGGGCCACGACGUGGGGGCCUGCACCGCCCACACCUACAGCUGUGGGGCCGGCCUGGGGCUGUUCCUCAGGGUGAGGGAGAGCCAGGUGUUGUUCUUAGCAGGGAAGACUAAAGGCUGUUUCUACCCUCCGCCCUACCUGGACGACUACGGAGAGACCGACCAGGGUCUGAGGCGGGGUAACCCCCUUCGCCUCUGUCCUGAGCGCUACCGUAAGAUCCAGAAGCUGUGGCAGCAGCACAGCGUCACCGAGGAGAUAGGCCACGCCCAGGAAGCCAACCAGAGCCUGGUGGGCAUCGACUGGCAGCACCUCUAACGCCUGGCCCCGCCCCCCGCCCCGCCUGUGGCUCCGCCUCCAGCCCCUCAGCUGAGACCUUGCCAGCUUUCAGGAACAAACUGCUUUUAUAUCUGGAAAUUAUGGGAUGUUUCAAUGCUGAUCAUUCAAUCAAUCUACCCACCCCCCCCCCCUCCUGCUCCUCCUCCAGAUGGCUGCAUGGUACUUUAGUGCAGCUCUAUCUGCUGUUUACAUUCAACAAUAUAGCACAAUGUCCCGAGGGUGUGAGAGUGUGUGUGUGUGU